AUGAAGACCGCCGCCCUUUUGUCCCUCCUACCCCUCGCGUCCGCCAAGGUCCUCUGGGACGGCCGCUUCAACGACCUCUCCUCGUCCACGGACCUCAACAACUGGUCCUGGUCCAACCAGGUUGGCCCCUACCAGUACUACAUCCACGGCUCUGGUGACGUGGCAAAGUACGUCAACCUGUCGCCCUCGUACAAGAACCCCAGCGACGCGGCAUCGAAGCAGGGAGUCAAGAUCACGCUCGACAGCACGGCCUACUGGAACGGCCAGAAUAUGCGUCGUACCGAGCUCAUCCCUCAGACCAAGGCCGCCAUCGCGUCUGGCAAGGUUUGGUACCACUUCAGCAUCUCGCGCAAGGACGUCAACGCUCCAAGCGUCUUCCGCGAGCACCAGAUCGCCUUCUUCGAGAGUCACUUCACCGAGCUCAAGAGCGGAUGGAUCAGUGGCGAGCAGGGCACCAGCAACAACAACUUGCAGUUUAUGGUGCAGGGCAAGAGUCUCUGGAAGACCGAGUGGAAGCCGGACGUGUGGCACAACGUUGCCUAUGAGAUUAACUUCUCCAGCGGAAGUGUUGGCUUCUGGCACUCUGAGGGCAGCGCACCCCUGCAGCAGGUUGUAGCUCCGGUCUCUGCCUCGACUUCGUCCAAUGGCCAGGACUGGCACCUGGGCGUUCUCGAACUGCCUCGCAGCGGCUACUCCGACACCAACGAGGACUUUUACUUCUCCGGUGUCUACGUCGAGGACGGUGCCAUCACCACCUCCGUCACUGGACCAGGUAGGCCCCAACAACACAGGCCAAGAUGUCAAUGA